AUGGCUCUGAAAAUCUGUUUCCAACUGAGCUCAGCCUGCAACACAAGACCCACUGUGCUCCAAACCUUCCAUCAUCAUUCUCCAUCUCCUAAUAACAUCCAUUUGCACACAUUUACCGGGUCCAAAUCCAAUAAACCCACUUUAUCAUUCACCAGUAGAUCCCAAAAAUCCAGGCUUGUAUGCAAGGCCACUUUAUCAUCUCAAAGGUUUCAAAGUUUUUAUCUGCAAUUUGCAGUUGAGGUGGUGACAGAAGCAAACUGGGAUGAGCUUGUCGUCCGCAGCCAGACGCCGGUGCUUGAUCCUGUUAUAGCUGAAUUAGCUAAAGAGUACGCCGGGAUGAUUACUUGUUACAAGCUCAACACCGACAGUCCCCAAGCAUUCCGACAAAAUUCAGGACCGACCGUGCUGUUCUUCAAGAAUGGAGAGAAGAAAGAGAGCAUCAUUGGUGCAGUGUCCAAGUCAACCAUUGCAGACAAAAUUGAGAAACAUAUCGAUCCCUGA